GGGUGGCGCCAUGGCACACUGGGAUGUAAGUUUGGUAAUGUCCAGCAGUCGUCGCUAAACCUCCAGCCAAAUCUCUUCGCCAAAAUCUAUCCCACAAUCCUCACAAACCGGUGGUGUAAUCAUUUGAACGGUGCUACUCCGAAACGCUACUGAACCUGUAUAAACAGGAGCUGUGUUUAUGUUUAUCCAUUUUUUUCCACAUUUUAGCUUUACAAACCCGAGGAGACCUCAAGAUACUGCACAAAAUGAAUCGCAGUGUCUCUUAUUAUGGCAAGUGGUAAACAUGCAUGGCAACAGGAAAUCUUUAAGGUCAAGCAGAAUAAAUCCAAUGGCUUUCUACGACCCUGUCUGCAUCGUUCUGCUGAAAAGAACAUGAAGCAGGUGGAUAAUAUAAAUAAGGAAGAAUUAGAUAAAGAAAGAUUUCAAGUGCACUACGGAGUACACAGUCCGGGCAAAGCGAAGCGGCUCUCAGCUUGCAAGAGGAAAGGUUGUUUAUUGGAGGAGGUGGGCUUUAAGCUGCACUGCAGAACAUCAAAUGUAGGCCGUGUCUGUGACCCCGGCAUGGCUAACAAAGAAAAUGAGCUGACGUGCUCUGAUGAUGUGCGGAGCAUUCACUAUAAUGACAACUGUGGGCUCCCUGUGAACUUCACAGAGGCCUCUAAGAUGACAGGGGCCAGCUCCAAGUACAGUGACUUCACUGAGCUAUCAAAGGACCAUGAUGCUAUGACUCGUGUCCUUUUUGGAAGGAAUCUUCAGCUAAAAGUAGCACUAACAUUGUGGCAAAGAAAUGCCAGUGAAUUAGUGGCUUACCUAACAAGAAUUCAAGACACAGGAGUGCUGCUUGACUGCUUACCUGUCUUAACAAACAAUCUUCAAGCUGAAGCACCAUAUUUGUCACUUGGCUGCUGUGUUGACCUCUUGCCCCAAGUGAAAGUAAUUCUUGACAGCAAAUAUGAAGAACACAUAGUGGUGGGUUUACACUGGGUUCAGUCUGUCAUCAAGAAAUGGUGGCCAGAAAUUUCUACGAGUGAGAAAAGACUGCGGGACAGUUGUUCAGAAGACAGGAAUAUUGAAGUCAUGAGGCAGCGGCUGAAGGACUUAUGGAAGGAAGCGGUGCAGCUAUGUUCGGUUCCAGGAUCUACAGGAGAACUGGCAAAGUCCAUCGAGGCUUAUCUUUCACGGCUGCCCUGACAGUUGUCACUGUAGCACUCAGAGGAUGUAACCACUACUGCAGGAUCAUGGCUGUUUCGAAUUGAUAAUGAUACCAGACAAAAGAACUGGUUGAUUCUGCUACAUAAACUCAGACCUCUUAACUGGGACUGAACUUGACAAUUCAGAUAACUUCCUCAGUUAGAGCUGGAGACUCUUAAGGAGAGCCGUUCUGCACAAACACACAGAAAAUGACUGCUUCACAUUGAAGUGGACCAUUUUGCGAAGGGGCAUAUUUAGUGGACAUUCGUGAGAGUGGGUGUCGCUCUGUGAAGUGCCAAGCUCUUUCUCUCUCACUACAUCACUCUGCCAAAAAUGCUAAUGCAUGUGGAUGGAAUGAAUGAUCACUGUGUUGUUGUUUUGCACCUGGAUUCUCUGGAACCAGGAACUUGAACAGUCUUAAGUUAUUGGAACUUGAUUUCUUGUUUUCAUUUUUCCCCUUCAUUUGACAUUUGACUCUAAUGUAAAAUGUUAAAAC